AAACUACAUUUCGAAAUUAGCUGUGCCGUCUCGGUCUUAGCUAUUUUGCAUCGCAAAUGCAGCUAUUGUUUGGAUGCUUUUCAGAGAAAAACGGCUAUUUUUUCCUCUAAAAAGUUGGCAACAGUGCUCAAAACAAAACGUAAUUAAUUAAAAAUAAUAAUAAAGGAAUAUAAUCAAUUUAAGAAGAGCAUGGCAGAUGCCAAUGCGAUGGCAACAGGCAAGUUGCCGGUUUGUGAGAAGCGAGUGAAUCACAUCGGAGAUUUGGCUUUGUGGCAGCGAUCCCGUGCCUAUCAUGACCUGAUUGGGUAUAUCAACGGCACCAGCUCGGCCAUACAGGGUAUCAAGACAACUGAUGAAAUGUACGAAUCGGAAAUGCUACAUAAGUUGCUAGGACUUUUCGAUCAACUGGAGAAACUGGUGGAGCAGCAUCCUCCAUUAGAUCAACCACAACGGUUCGGCAACAAAGCGUAUCGGGAUUGGGCGCGUAAAAUGCGGGAACAGCUGCCGGAGUUGCUGGGACAAGUGUUGCCCACAUCGAAGCACAAGUAUCUGGACGAGCUGCUUCAAUAUCUGAUGGAAGCCUUUGGCAAUGCGACCCGCAUUGACUACGGCACCGGGCAUGAGCUCUCCUUUCUGUUCUUCAUGUGUGCACUCUUCAAGGCCGAGAUACUGCUGGAACAGGACAUUGUAAGCGCUGCACUGCGUCUCUUUAAACGGUAUUUGGACUUUGCCAGACAACUUCAGCGCACCUACAACAUGGAGCCGGCGGGCAGUCAGGGCGUAUGGUCGCUGGACGACUUUCAGUUUGUGCCCUUUAUCUGGGGCAGUGCACAGCUGGCGGUCAAGAGUCCCUUUGAUCCGGCUAGGUUCGUGGAUGAUCAAAUCAUUAAUGAUUUCAAGGAACACUUCAUGUUCAUCAGCUGCAUUGAUUACAUCUGCAAGGUGAAGACCGGACACUUUGGCGAGCACUCCAAUCAACUGUGGAGCAUUACGGCCGUCCCGUCCUGGAUCAAAAUCAAUGCUGGCCUCGUCAAGAUGUACCAAAAGGAGAUUCUUUCCAAGUUUCCUGUCAUACAGCACGUCUACUUUGGGGAACUGAUGUCCUUUGAAACGGUUGCCGCAGGCACAACGAUAACAAAUGCACGCCUGGGUCAAGUGGCUCCGCCGCCGUCCAAGCGCAUCUGCAUCUCAACGUCAACGAUAGCGAAUCUCGUGCCGCCAACGCCGCUUGUGAUGCCACCGCCGCCUGCAGAGGCAUUGAACAAUGAUGCGAACGUCGGCGAUUCCAGCAGCGAGAGCAGCGAUAAUAGCGUUGUCCUCCGACCUCGCACUGAAUCACCUGCCGUAGUCAUCGAAGGAUCCGGUGAUAAGUCCACCAAUCAAACUGAUGGUGAGCUUUCCAAGGAUCAGCAGGCGGAUUAAGGUCGAAUUUGAUGGAGGAAUCUGUUAAAAUUGUCAGUGGUUGCGUUUAAGCUUCGAUUAAAAUGUAUGCUAAAUUAUAUAAUAUGUAAACAGUUGAAAAA